UCCUAGAACAAUAGGAUUCAGAAUCAGCGGGAGCUACCCAAUCCAACUCCAGGUGGAAGUGAAUCCGCAACCUGAUUGGCCUGCUGGAGCAGCCAAUCAGGCGGCUGGCAGAAGCGAAUCUGCUACCUGAUUGGCCUGUAGGAGCAGCCAAUCAGGCUGCAGGCAGAAGUCAAUCCACAAUAUAAUUGGCCCACAGGUGUAGCCCUGAAGUAGCCAAUCACGCAAGGCCCAUUGUGUAAAUAAUGUAUAUAAGCAGAUGGUUUUGGGAAAAGAGCCAUUCUUCUUCUCCUCUUCUCCUUGAUGACUAUGAGCUGAAUAAAGAGCAUGAAAUUCACUCUCGACUCCGAGUACAUUUCACUGGCGACGAAGGUGGGAUCCUGCUGAGCUGACCGCCACCACGCACUGCACCGCAGCACCGCCACCUGCUGCACCGCUGCAUCGCACUGUGCAUCCAGGCUUCAGCUCCAGGACCCAAGGAACCCAGAAUGGCAACCGACAGCAGCUUCUCGCCAUUCAAACCAGCAUCAGGAGACUGGGAAGGGUACGCCGCCCGUUUCAACUUCCUCCUGCAAGCGAAAGAAGUCACCAACGAUGCCAUGAAGAGGGCGACAUUCUUCAGCGUCUGUGGAGAGGAGACGUUUGAAAUCGCCCGGGCUCUCCUUGCACCUAGAGAUGUCGCUACCGUCUCUUACAAAACAAUAAUGGAACGGCUGAAGGAGCACUUCUCACCACAGCCCUCGGUGGUAGCUUGCCGAAAUGCCUUCUACGCAAAGCGGCAAGCCCCGGGGGAAACCAUAACUGGGUUUGUGACCUCCCUCCGCCAAGCCGCCCGGCUAUGCAACUUCUCAGAGUUGGAGAACAUGCUUCGUGACCGCCUCGUCGGUGGCCUGAGGGACGAGAUGUUGCAACGACGCCUCUACGCCAAAAAAGACCUCACGUUCCAGAUUGCUCUGGAGGAAGCCCUGGCAACCGAAGCCGCCGAGAGGUCAACGCAAGAGGCACGACCGGCCCCGCCAUCCCAACCGAGGGUCUACCACGAAGACCUCACCGACGAAUCCGAAUCUGACAGGGAGGAAGUACACCGAGUACAGCGGCGCACUCAAGCAGCACACACACCACAGCAGCCUCGACGAGAAGGAGGGAACUGUGCAAGCUGCGGGGAGAACCACGAGAGGAGGACCUGUCGUUUCCGCAACGCAGAGUGCAGGCAGUGCAGAAAAUUGGGACACAUCGCCCGGGUGUGUCGGGCUCGACUCACCCGUCGACAAGCAUCAGAUGACCGACCCAGGAGCCCCAGGUCACACGGCACCAUGCACCAAGGCAACUCGACGGAGAUCACGGACUACCAGGUAUUCCAGUUGCCCCAUCCCAGCACAGAGAAAAUUUAUAUAGAGGUACAGAUAGAGGGAGCCCCAUGCCGCAUGGAGCUGGACACGGGUUCAACUCUAUCCAUAAUCUCGGCCCGAACAUUAAGGGAACUGUGCCCUAAUGGGGGUCCCAAACUAAGGCCGGCCCCAUUCACCCUCCGGGACUUCCAGAAACGUAAGGUCCCUACAAUGGGGGUGGGGACCUUCAGGGUGCAAUAUCGAGGGCGAAAGCAACAAUUGGACUUGCUGGUAGUUAAGGGCCCCUACGUUAGCUUACUGGGACUGGCAUGGUUUGGACCUCUGGGGCUAGCCGUUACCGGGGUGAACCGCACUAGCUUACAAGUGGACGUGGACGCCAUAUGCAAAGAGUUUCCAGGGGUUUUCGAUGGGGCAUUGGGACGAUAUACAGGACCCCCCAUUGCCCUACAGCUAGACCCCGCUGUACGACCCAUCAGGCACAAGGCCCGCCGGGUCCCGUUCGCCCUGAAACCCCGCAUAGACGAGGAAUUGGACCGGCUCGUGGAGCAAGGAGUACUGGAGCCGGUGCCCAACGCCCCCUGGGAAACUCCAAUUGUCACACCCGUCAAGCCUAACGGUUCGGUCCGCAUCUGUGCAGACUACAAAUGCACCAUAAACAAGGCUCUCACGGCCCAUGCAUACCCAGUGCCAGUGGUCAGCCAUGUCCUCGCCACCCUGGCUGGGUCAAAAAUCUUUGGCAAACUGGACUUGGCCCAAGCGUAUCAACAGUUGCCUGUGGACGAAGCCACAGCAGAGGCUCAGACGAUUGUGACGCACAGAGGGGCAUUCAGAGUAAAGCGGCUGCAAUUUGGCGUUAGCGUGGCACCAGGCAUAUUCCAGAAUCUAAUGGACUCUCUCCUUAAAGGGAUUCCUGGCGUCACCCCUUUCUUCGAUGAUGUACUGAUCGCCGGGCCCACACCAGAGGAAUUUGAGGACCGCCUCCGCUCCGUCCUGCACCGUUUCCAGACGGCGGGCCUCAAGGUGAAGCGGGAAAAGUGUUUACUGGGAGUGCCGCAGGUGGACUUUCUGGGAUUUAAGGUGGACGCAGAAGGGGUCCAUCCAACCGGUGACAAGGUACGGGCCAUUUGUGAGGCCCCAGCGCCCAAGAGCAAGCCCGAACUUCAGUCAUUCUUGGGACUAUUGAACUUUUACCAUGCCUUCCUUCCCCAUAAGGCAGCGGUAGCGGAGCCCCUACACAGACUCCUAGAUAAAAGGGCCCCUUGGGUGUGGGGCCAGCGACAAAGGGCCGCAUUCCAGGCAGUCAAGGACUUGCUCGUCUCGAACUCGGUCUUGGCACACUUCGACGAGAGGCUGCCAGUGGUGCUGGCAUGCGACGCCUCUCCCUAUGGCAUCGGCGCUGUCCUGGGACACCAACUCCCGGAUGGAAGAGAGGUGCCGGUGGCAUACUUCUCCCAGACGCUUGCUGCAGCCGAACGAAACUACUCACAGAUUGACAAGGAGGGUCUGGCAAUCGUGAAGGGCGUAAAAAAAUUCCAUGAUUUCUUGUACGGGCGGCCCUUUACCAUAGUGACUGACCACAAGCCGUUGCUUGGCCUGUUUGCCCCCGAGAAGCAGACCCCCCAAGUGUUGUCUCCACGUGUCCUCAGGUGGUCAAUUUUCCUUGCCGGCUACCAGUAUGCACUAAUCCACCGCCCUGGGAAGGCGAUGGGCCACGCAGACGCCCUCAGCAGGCUACCACUACCAGAAACAGGCCCCGACCCAGCGCCUGCGCAAGAGGUUAUGACCCUGGAGCUGCUUCCCGACCGACCCAUUCAGGCACAAGAAGUUGCGCGCCAUUCCACAAAAGAUAGGGUCAUCUCCCGGGUCCUGGACUGGGUGUGGCGAGGAUGGCCCAGCAGCAGCCCCGGGCCAGAAUUCGCUGGCUACACAAACCGCAAACAUGAACUGUCAGCCCACAAGGGGUGCCUGUUAUGGGGAAGCAGGGUUGUUGUUCCCCAGCCCCUCCGCAAAAGGGUCCUCACAGCCCUACACGAGACACACCCAGGGGUAGUGAGGAUGAAGGCCCUUGCCAGGAGUUAUGUGUGGUGGCCGGGGAUUGACAGAGAGAUAGAGGCCUGGGUCCAACACUGCCAGACCUGCCAAGAAUCCCGCCCGGAUCCCCCAAGGGCCCCAGUCCAGCCCUGGGAGUCCGCCCGACAUCCAUGGUCACGCUUGCACGUGGACUUCGCUGGCCCCUUCCAGGGAAAAACAUUCUUCAUAGUGGUGGAUUCCUACACCAAAUGGCUGGAGGUCGCACUGGUACCGUCCACUUCUACGGCGGCAGCCAUCCGGGUACUACGUAAGCUUUUUGCAACCCACGGGCUCCCUGACACCCUCGUCUCGGACAAUGGAACCGCAUUCACGUCAGAGGAGUUCCAGACCUUCACAGCGCAGAACGCCAUCCGCCACAUCCGCUCAGCACCAUUCCACCCUGCCACCAAUGGCCAAGCGGAGCGCAUGGUGCGGACCACCAAGGACAGCCUCCGCCGCAUGACACAAGGGGACUGGGAAUACCGCCUUGCCGCAUUUCUUCUAGCACAGCACAGCACCCCAAGCACAACGACGGGCCGGAGCCCAGCUGAACUACUAAUGGGCCGGCGCCUUGCAACUAGACUGGACCGACUUCACCCCGACAGAGCUCAGGAUGAGGUAGUGGUGGGGAAAGGCAGGAACCCCCGGACAUUUGUGGCCCAGGACGCAGUGUACGCAAAGAAUUUUGGGGCAGGCCCAGCAUGGGUACCCGCCACAGUCACCAAGGUGACCGGUCCCGUGUCGUACGAGGUACUAACGGAAGGGGGGCAAUGUUGGCGCCGCCACUGCGACCAGCUACGGCGACGAUUCCCAGGAGGAACCCGGGAGGAGAGCGGGACAGAGGGGUCCCAAGGGGACAGCAGGGCAGUGAGGCCUGUAGAGCGAGAGGGGUGGGCAGGGGAAGCAGAAGCAGUAGGCACAGAGGGGCGCCCCGAGGCUGGAAGGACACCGGAACCAGAGCCACAACCUAGUGGUUCAGUGGCGCCAGACCAGACAGCCCCGGCACAGCCAGCAGCCUCGGAACACGAGCCAGAACCAGAACCCCUGACCAAGGAACACCCCAGGCCACAACGCACACGGAGGCGGCCAGCAGACCUUGGGGACUACGAAUGCAACUUCCCGGGCAGGACUGGAACUUAGAGGGGAGGGGUGUUAUGUACUGAGCUGAAUCCUAGAACAAUAGGAUUCAGAAUCAGCGGGAGCUACCCAAUCCAACUCCAGGUGGAAGUGAAUCCGCAACCUGAUUGGCCUGCUGGAGCAGCCAAUCAGGCGGCUGGCAGAAGCGAAUCUGCUACCUGAUUGGCCUGUAGGAGCAGCCAAUCAGGCUGCAGGCAGAAGUCAAUCCACAAUAUAAUUGGCCCACAGGUGUAGCCCUGAAGUAGCCAAUCACGCAAGGCCCAUUGUGUAAAUAAUGUAUAUAAGCAGAUGGUUUUGGGAAAAGAGCCAUUCUUCUUCUCCUCUUCUCCUUGAUGACUAUGAGCUGAAUAAAGAGCAUGAAAUUCACUCUCGACUCCGAGUAC